GUGACCAAAACAGAAUCAUGGCGGCCUCCGCUGCAGUCCGCUCCAGCAUGGGACUGACUUUGAGACUUUCUAGAUCUAUCCCAGACUGUAGCAAAUGUCCCUUUUACAGGUUAAAGAGCUGUGUGAACAGUGUGGGUAAAUUACAAAGGACUGGUUCCUUCGACAGCUUUCGGACCAUAAAUCGACACUUGCAGACAAGUAUAGCUUUGAACCACAAUGAGGAAGGGAGCUCGAAUGCUGAGGACCCGGAGGAUGUGGUUAACGUGGUGUAUAUAGACCGGUCUGGUCAGAGGAUCCCAGUUAAGGCCAAGGUGGGAGAUAACGUCAUGUAUCUGGCUCAGAGGCAUGGAAUUGAAUUGGAAGGAGCCUGUGAGGCAUCGCUGGCCUGCUCAACAUGUCACGUAUAUGUGAAUGCUCCUCAUUUUGACAAACUGCCAGAACCUGAUGAGCGAGAGGAUGACAUGCUGGACAUGGCCCCCAUGCUUCAGGAGAACUCCCGAUUAGGAUGCCAGAUCAUUCUCACUCAUGAGCUUGAGGGCAUAGAGCUCACCUUGCCCAAAGUCACCAGGAACUUUUAUGUGGACGGCCAUGUUCCCAAACCUCAUUGAGAAGUGGAGCAUAUGAUUAAAGCUGGAGAAAACUGAGAGCGUGGCGCUGCAAGCUAGACAGCAUGUGUGCUGGUUGAGUGAGGGGGUGACUAUAAAGAGAUCCGUAGCAACUCCUGAGACCUCUUGCAGACUGACAAAUUCCACAGUUACCCAAUGACAGUACAGGCCUUUAGUUGACAUCAGUAUAGUCAGACACUUUGAAUCUCACUGAAGGGGAAAUUAAUGGUUACUUCCACAAAAAAACUGUGAUAGAUUAACUGACUAUAUAUUUAUUAACGUGAAUUUUUGUUCUCAGGCCAGUAUCAAGACACCAUUCAAUCUCACAAACUGUUCUUUGUUACAACAUCGGACAAUUUCAGAGACAUUUUAUUUUAACAGUUCAUGCUGCUUAAUGGUACAUUCCUUGUUAGAGUUCAUAUACGCACAAGUAAGACAAGAUGAUGUUCUUAGUCAUUUCUGUCGGUCCAUCAUUUUCACACUGUUUCACUGACGCAUUACACUUAAUUUCCAUCUUGUACCAAGUUUUGUAGGUGUUUUGAUAGCUUAUCAGUAACUACCCGCUGAAUUUAGCUCACCUGAAGUCCUAAACAUCAUGAUUUCUUCUGCAUGCUACUCAAGCCAGAAAGAAGAAUAAGCCAUAUUAUCUAAUAUAGUGUAUUUCUAAUUAAAAAAACCUGCAGCUUAAGAGUAAGACUGUUGAAACUUACAUAGUAUUCACUAUAAUAGCAAAACAAUAAGGCUUUAAAGAUGGUGAAUGCUUCUCAAAGCACUUCCCCAGGUGCAAGUAAUUAAGGUUUGAUUGGUUGAUCUUGUUCAGCUUUGCUCUUUACCAGAGCAGCAUAAAGGUGGAUAUGAGUUUUGAAGCAUGUGGGCUUUAUGUUACCAUGGAUUGAGUUUUCCAAAUCUACCUUUUCACUUGUUAAGUCUACUGUACUUGGCCUUACGCACAAAUGUAAGUCAACUGUUUAUCAUGUCUUUGAAUUACCAAUAUUUAAAGUUGUGCAAUAAAAUGUUUUUUAAAAGUUA